CGUUCCACGAGCCCACAACCCCCGGCGCUACAGUCUCAGCGCCAUGGACCUUGAGCUCGAAGCCGCGGGCGGCGGCGGAACCAGGGCGGUGUCCCUUUCCGUUGACUCCCCAACGGCUGACCUGGGCCGCGGGGACCUGGGCGGCGGCACCUCCCGGGACCGCACCGUCUCGCGCCGCCACGUGUCCCUCCGCCUUCUCGGUGUCGGCGGCGGCGGGGUCGCGUUCGAGGUCGUGGGCAGGAACCCCGUCGUCGUCGUCCGCUCCGCGGACGGAGGAGACGGAGGCGGAAGCGGGACCAGCAGGGUGUUCCGCCGCGGGGAGAAGGGCGAGCUCCGCGCUGGGGACGCGCUGUCUCUGUCGCUCAAGGCGCCUGCGUUCUGGGCGGUGCGGGCGAGGGAGCGGCACGGGGACGCGGAUGCGGAUGUGGAACCCGCCGUGCUGGACGCCGUGGCGAGGCGGGAGAGGCGGACGAAGGAGCGGAAGGAGAGGGAGAGUGAGAGGCGAGCUGCGGAGGAGGCUAUGGAGGUCACCGAAGUGGAAGAAGGGGGAGCGUUGGACUCUGAUGUGGAGGGUUUCGACAUCGAUUUAGCAGACAUAGAUCCAGUAAGAGAAUUUGGGUUCUUGUCGAUGGGCCAUGAAUUUGACAGCUACCCAAAGGGAAGGAUUCGUGCUCCAAAGGAUUGGAAUUGGUUUCUAGAGGAAACAAAGAGGAGCUCUGACGAUGAAGCCAGCAGCAGCAAGAGAGGUAGAUCGAAAGGUCAGAGUUGGAGCAAGAAGAAAGAUAGAGAAGGCCAAGAUGAAGACUGGACUGGUGAGAGUGAGGAUGAAAAGGAGUCCCUGGCAAGAGUUCCUAGUGUUAAGAGACCAAAGUAUGCAACAAGAUCUAAAGGUCCAAAAAAGCCUAGUAAGGAAAACUCAAAGGUUGGAAGUGGCAAAAGCAUGGAUGAAGAUGAAGGGGCCGAGGAUGAAGAGGAUGAGCAGGAUGAAACUCUGGGAGGUUUUUUAGUUAAUGACGAGGAUGACGAGCCUCUAGAAGAGCUGAACGAUGAAGAGGAGGAAUUUGAUGAUGAGGAAGACGAUGAUUGAUAACCACGCCAAAAAUUAAUCUUCUCAGUGAUGAACUGAUACUGACAAGUGACAAGUAGCGUGUUUGUUCUCCAUUGAACUUGUGUAAAAAUGAUGUGUGACAUCUGUUGGGAGUGUUGUUGCUUCUGAAAAACUGACGUUUUUGUUCGCAGCUGUUAGACUGGUACAUCUAUCUGUUUGUUCCCUUGGCUGCCCAUCUCAACGGUGACCUGAAUUUUCGCUCGCAUGUGCUGCCAUGCUGCGACAUGGGCCACGAGCCUGCAUGAAAGCAAUUCCGUUUCCGUUUGA